ACCGCUAGCCCGAUUGCAAGCUGUGGAGAGCAGGGCAAUUUCACAAUGGACUUCGACUCGUUGCCAAACUUUGGCCGUCGUGUAAGACUUCACAAGCGCCAGAACUCCACAAGUAAUGGCACAGUCCCCAACAGCGGCAACGGUACGACAGACAUCACCCAGCAGCCUCCACUCGGCAUCAGACCGUACAAGCACAUGCUGUUCUCGGGUGGAUAUGUGUAUGCUCCACAGCCAGUCGAGCCUUUCGCACCAUCGUCGCCACCGAACGUCGCGGCCUUUCUGGCGAACAGCACUGGUCUCAAGGCGGGACCUGCACCGCCACUGCAGAAUGGCCUCGAACCUGGUGAGAUUGCCGACGGGCCUUACCAUAAUGGCAACCCAGCUUUCUUUUUUGAUGCUCGCAGUGCUGCUCUCGGUUGCGAUAGUCAGAGCACGCCAUGCACCAUGGAAGUCACUGGUUACACCUGGAAUGAUACCAUGAAAGACGACGUGCCAACGCAUGUUCAGAACUACACGCUUCCAGCAUGCGAGGGCUACCGCAACUGUCAGCUGACACCGGUGGACUUCCCGCCAACCUUCCGGAACCUCAGCGGCAUUCGCAUGCGCGCGGUCAGAGGCUCCGAGCCUCGCACAUUUUUCGUUGAUGACAUCCAUGCUCGCUGGGCGGACAGUUCAUGUGAUGCAGGCAUUGCUCGG